AUGUGGAUGAAUGUUCCAGGAACUCAAAUCUUUGUGGUCCCAAUUCUGUCUGCACCAACAUCCCAGGAGAAUACAAUUGCUCCUGCCUGCCCGGAUAUUUUUUGCCUGAUUCUCAUACCCUUCAGGAUCCAGAGGCUUUUGGAUGUACAGAUAUUGAUGAAUGCAUUGAAAUGUGCCCCAUCAAUUCAACAUGCACCAACACUCCUGGGAGCUACUUUUGCACCUGCCACCCUGGCUUUGCACCAAGCAAUGGACAGCUGAAUUUCACAGACCGAGAAGUGGAAUGCAGAGAUGUUGAUGAGUGCCUCCAAGAUCCAUCAACAUGUGGUCCAAAUUCUGUCUGCACCAAUGCCCUGGGCUCAUACAACUGUGGCUGCAUUGCAGGCUUUCGUCCCAAUUCAGAAGGCUCCCAGAAAGAUGGCAACUUCAGCUGUCAAAGGGUGCCCUUCAAAUGUAAGGAAGAUAUGAUAUCCAAUAAUGAGCAGGCCCAGCAAUGCCAAGAGGGAACCACAAUGAAACCUGAAUAUGUCUCGUUUUGUGCACUGAUAAAUGACAUGUUCGACAUUCUGGACAACGUGUGUGAAAAUAAAACAACUGUAGUUUCCAUGAAGAGUAUGGCUGAGAGCUUUGUUCCUGUGCUUGAACAAAUGUCCACAUGGACCAACUUCACCAAGAAACAGACAUCCUCCCUGGCCACAGUCUUCCUGGAGAAUGUGGAAAGCACAGCGCUGGCAGCUUUUUUGAGACCCUCAGAGAAUGCCACUCAGACUGUCCAGACGGAAUACUUAGACAUCGAGAGCAAAGUUAUUGACAAAGAAUACAAGGAAGAGAAUGUGACUUUGAGUUUGGCAGCUAAAAGGGAUAAGAUGAAGAUCAGGUGUUCCACAAUUAAGGAAUCUGAAUCCAGAGGGACCACUGGCGUGGCUUUUGUCUCCUUUGUGGGCAUGGAGUCUGUUUUAGACGAGCGCUUCUUCCACAACCCCCAGACUCCCUUGGCCAACUCUGAGGUGAAGCUGAAGAUGAAUUCUCGAGUUGUCGGGGGCAUCAUGACUGGGGAGAAGAAAGAUGGCUUCUCAGAUCCAGUCAUCUACACGCUGGAGAACAUUCAGCCAAAGCAAAAGUUUGAGAGGCCCAUUUGCGUUUCCUGGAGGACAGAUGUGGAGGGUGGGAGAUGGACACCCUCUGGCUGUGUGGUCCUGGAAGCUUCUGAGGUGCAUACCAUCUGCAGCUGCAAUCACUUGGCAAAUCUUGCCGUUAUCAUGGCGUCUGGGGAGCUCACGAUGGAGUUCUCCUUGUACGUCAUUAGCCAUGUGGGCAUCAUCAUCUCCUUGGUGUGCCUCAUCUUGGCCAUCGCCACCUUUCUGCUGUGUCGCUCCAUCCGAAAUCACAACACCUACCUCCACCUGCACCUCUGUGUGUGCCUCCUCUUGGCCAAGACUCUCUUCCUCGCCGGUAUAGACAAGACUGACAACCAGAUGGGCUGCGCCAUCAUUGCAGGCUUCCUGCACUACCUUUUCCUUGCUUGCUUCUUCUGGAUGCUGGUAGAAGCUGUGAUGCUCUUCCUGAUGGUCAGAAACCUGAAGGUGGUGAAUUACUUCAGCUCUCGCAACAUCAAGAUGCCGUACCUCUGUGUCUUUGGUUAUGGGCUGCCGGGGCUGGUGGUGGUGAUCUCUGCCAGUGUGCAGCCACAAGGCUAUGGAAUGUAUAAUCGCUGCUGGCUGAAUACAGAGGCGGGGUUCAUCUGGAGUUUCUUGGGGCCAGUUUGCACAGUCAUAAUGAUCAAUUCCAUCCUCUUGACCUGGACCUUGUGGAUCCUGAGGCAGAGGCUUUCCAGCGUCAAUGCCGAAGUCUCAACACUCAAAGACACCAGAUUGCUGACCUUCAAGGCAUUUGCCCAGCUCUUCAUCCUGGGCUGCUCCUGGGUGCUGGGCAUUUUUCAGUUUGGACCUGCGGCAGGUGUCAUGGCCUACCUGUUCACCAUCAUCAACAGCCUGCAGGGGGCCUUCAUCUUCCUCAUUCACUGUCUGCUCAACCGCCAGGUACGAGAGGAAUACAAGAGGUGGAUCACUGGGAAGACCAAGCCCAGCUCCGAGUCCCAGACCUCAAGGAUCUUGCUCUCCUCCAUGCCGUUCACUUCCAAGACAGUGAGAGACUGCAUGCUCCCUGUGGGCACUGGUCAGGGGAGGUGCCAGCCACCAACUGACACUCAACUCUGCCAUGAGUUGG